GGUUACUGGGAGCUCUAGGAACCAGACCGCUGAUGAUCAUAAGUGGUGCCGUAACGGCUGCAUCUCUCAUCACAGCCGCAAUGGUAUCAACAUCACUGGUUCACAUUGCUCUCUGUUUCAUCGUAUUCAGUUUUGGAUAUUCCGUGAUGCAAACAGUUUCAGUCGCAGUUUUGCUGCAGUAUUUCCCAGAUAACUUCGCUGUGGCGAAUGGGAUCAGCUUGACAGGAGGCCCCCUGGGCAUGAUGAUCCUCCCUCCCGUGGUGCAGCAACUGAUCCAGCUGUAUGGUUGGCGAGGUGCUCUGGUUCUUCUCGGUGCCCUGACAGCGAAUUAUUGCGUCUUAGCCGCUCUGGUCAGACCUCUGCGAACCAGAAACCCCUACACACCGAUAGCUGAUGAAGAGCCGAACUCUACAGCGAAUCCAACUUCCAACGAGUCACCUUUGGACAACUGGAGACAAAGGUUCAGAGCAAUGUUUGAGAAAAUUGACCUACAAAUGUUCGUUGAUGAACCUGGAUUCGUCACCAUCCAGAUUGUGAACGUCCUAGUGGGGGUCAUAUACUUUGGUUGGCAUAUAUAUCUUAUCCCAAACGGUAAUGCUCAGGGAUUUAAUGAGACGAGGUCGUCAUUUCUAGCCACUUUCGGCGGUUUUGGAGCGAUGUUUGGGCGCAUCUCGUCAGGUUUUGUAAUCAACUAUGGACUGGUGCAAGCACAUGAUCUCUUCGCUGGGUCGGCUUUCCUCCUAGCCGUGGUGUUUCUUCUUGACCCUAUCGCGGCAUCAUCCUAUGAGGCUGUUGCUACCCUUGCUACUAUUGGCGGCUUUGGCUUUGGAGUACAUUGUACUCUUUCCAUUGAUGAUCGUCUUGUCAGUUAA